AUGGAGGCGGAUCCGGCUCAGAUCCGUUCGAAUCUGCAUGGUGAGUUUGAUCAAAAGCAAGCUCGAAAGAGACUAUGCGACAUCUCUACGCUCGCAGCGAACCACGCGACAUACGUCUCCUCUCCUCUCGUUUCGUCUCGUCUCGGUCAUCAGCCGGCAGGGUCGCUCACUCGACCUUCUCAUCCCUGACCCGCCACGCCAGAAUUGUCCAAGAAGUUGUGGUCGCGCGAUGUGGUGAUGUUCAACUCCACCAUCAAUGCUCACUUUGCCUCUUCGGCGAUCUACAAGGGCCACGGACUAGAGGUGGGUGGGCGUUGCAUCGCCGCCUGCUGAGCAAAGGCUGGAUGCUGAUCAGACUCCAUGAAUGCCGCGGAACGGUGACGCAGAUAAGCGGGGCUAGCAACGUCAAGCACGCCGCGUGGCUGCUCAACUCUUUAGAUGCUGGGCCUGGCGCUCAAAUCGACGUUGAAGACAUCGUUUGGGACGAAGAGUGAGCGUGUGGCUGGAGUUGGCAGGCCGCAUAUAUGCUAAUUCAUUCCCACGCGCCCCUGCCCAGCACUUCGACGGCAACGAUCAAAUCCACUCGCUUCUUGCGCCCUCGUCUCUUUCCGCUCUUUACUUUUGCCUCUGCGGUCCGCUCCCGCAUCACACUGCACGCUGAUGGAGCAGGCAAGACGGCUCAGGGCAAGUCGGGCUUGGACGCGAUCAAGGAUAGCGGAUCUCUAUUGUACGUGACCAAGUGGGAGGAUGAUUGGCCCUUGGACGCUUUUGUACAGAAGCUGCCCGUCUUCGGAUCAAUGUGAGUGCAAGCGACCGACUAUGCGUGUCCCCGAUGACAAGCCCAAAUUGGCUCCACCUUUCUCUUUGCGCCCUAGCGAGCGAAGCGUCUAUACGCCCAUCGUCACAGCCCUUGUGCUUUUGUUGUCCAAUCUCCUCUUUGAUCUCUACGCUCGUGGCGCUUCAGUGUCUCGAUCGGUGCUCAGGCCUACAGCCAAGGUGUACGCUUACGAAGCUCGAUCCAGACUUCCUCCUGGUGUCACCAAGAACCUGGACCAAGGCUUCGACAGGGGUUCUAAUCUGGCUAGCGGUUGGAUUAAGAGCGCUUUGAAUGUCACCGGAGCCGCUGCGAGACGUCCACUGAGAGCUUUGGAACGGGCAGCUCAGACCACUUCGAGGUUAGUAGAGCGCCACCGAGGUGGCGUCCAUUAGUCAUCGCGCACUGAGCUCUGCUUCCGCUUCCCUCCUCGCAGCAUUGCAAAUCUAGUCAGUCCGAUCGAAUUGCCUACGCCUUUCAUCUAUGCAUUGCCAAAAAGCAAGGUCCCGCUCAGCGAGCCUGUGCCUGUUAGAGCGCAAGCAUCGCUUUCCGCCCAAGAUAAUUCAAGCAUCCACCACAAAUCCGAAGGCAAGCGAUCGGUGGGAGGCCAGGAAGGAGAAAAGUUGAAUGCUGCAAGUCCUACCAGAUCCGUACGCGCCUUUCCGGAUGACGCGUCUGUCGACAGCUCUUCUGGUAGAGACGCCGUCGUGCGCGUCGGAGCUACUGAGAAUGCACCUGCCAGAGAAAUUAACAUUCCCAGUCGCAUCAACAACGAAGCACCUCAAGAGGAAAAGAUCAUUUCACAGGACCCAACCACGGCUAGUGGUUCCCCUGCUCAACACAGUGGCAAGUCCCUAUUGGAGCGCAUUGAACCAGAGGAGAUUGAGAGUGCCGAAAAGGCGCAAAAGAAAGCCCAGAGUCAAAAGGGAAAUGGCCGCAAGCAGCCUUCCAAAGAGAACGUCAAGCAGCAGCCUUCAAGCGAAAAAUUGAAGCCCAAAGUGUCGAAGGAGAACAUCAACAGGCAGCCGUCCAAAGAGAAUCUGAAAAGACAAGCGUCGAAGGAGAAUGUGUCAAAGAAGAGCGUCAAGGCGAACGAAGCGUCUAGUCCCGGCGCUCACGCUCACGCACACGCGACCUCGACCCCUGCUAUCCCUACUUCGACAUCUGGUCAACAUCUCGUACCUCCGAGCGCAGAACCACAGAGAUCUGGCACGCAGAGUAGAAGCGUCUCGUCGGAUGAGGAGGAGGACGAUGAAGACGCGCACAGCACUGCUGGAACCCAGCACUCGGGCGAAGGAUCUAAAGGAGAGCGCACGACGGGACCGGGUAGAGGUCGAGGCAAAGGCCGAGGCAACAGGCGCGGCAGGGGCAACAAGAAGAACAAAGGCGCCAAGACUGGAAAUGGAGGGAAAGGAGGCGCAACGGGAACGUCCAAUAGCGCUCCUGCCUCGUAGUGUGCUUCACUCCACCAUUACAUUGGACGUCGCAGUGCACGCGUGGCCGCAUCAAUGCGGCCCUUGAAUCUCUCUGCGUGAUGGCAAAGCAGCAGAAGAGCACCACCCCCAACAUACGCAUCCCCGUACUCCUCGCAGGAACCUUUUCACUCAACCCAGAAAUGUAGCUUGUAGCCCAUCGCCCCCUGGUCCGAACGCUCACAGCCACGCUGCCAAUGUACCACUCACUCGCCGCAUUGACCGCCUUCUCUCUCGAUGAGACUUGAAAUUCAGAUUCCACUGAACAUCGCGAACGAAAGCCUUGCUUUGAGACUUGUGAGUUGCUAAGCACGCGCUGAUCCCUAGCAGCCGCUUCGCCGUAGAUCUCUACGAUGGACGAGCGGAGGACUUUCAAGCGACAUCACUUUCUUAUAGGGGUCCCUGCCACGCGGGACAAAGGCGGACAAAAGCGGGCAACGUCUUCAGAGACGCUCAGGUGAUUGCUGAUGAAGCUCUGAUGGCCUUGCUGUACGUGCGCAUCUGCUGCUGCUGA